GGAUACAUAACCCAGGAGAGGAGAGCUGUUAUCUCUAGGCAGGCAUGGCAGAUCCAGAGCUGGACUUCCAGACGGGUGAUGCCGGGGCAUCGGCCACUUACCCCAUGCAGUGCUCUGCCCUGCGUAAAAACGGCUUUGUGGUGCUGAAAAACCGACCCUGCAAGAUCGUCGAGAUGUCCACCUCCAAGACUGGCAAGCACGGCCACGCUAAGGUCCACCUGGUUGGUAUCGACAUCUUCUCUGGUAAGAAGUAUGAAGAUAUCUGUCCUUCCACCCACAACAUGGACGUCCCCAACAUCAAAAGAAUGGAUUACCAGCUCAUUGGGAUCCAAGAAGGCUACCUGUCUCUGCUCCAGGACAGCGGGGAGGUGAGGGAGGACCUGAAGAUCCCCGAGGGAGACCUGGGCAAAGAGAUAGAGAGCAAGAACGAAGCCGGAGAGGAGAUUCUGAUCACUGUUCUGAAUGCAAUGGAUGAAGAAGCUGCAAUUGGCAUCAAAGCCUUGGGUAAAUAAGCCACUGCAGGUAAAUACAGAGCUGCAGCUGUUCUCUCACCCCCCAGCUAUCGCCUGACCCCAGCCUGCCUGAAGAGGAGUGUGUGAGUGUGAGUGUGUGUGAGUGUGUGAGUGUGAGUGUGAGUGUGUGUGAGUGUGUGUGUUUGGGUGUUACACCACAAGCCAGCAGCAUGUGCCAUGCCAGUGCAAGUGCGUGUGAUGUCAUGUUCAUGUACAGUUUAAUGUCGAUCGUUGGACAGAGGGGAAGGCAACUCCAGUCAACAAGAUCCCAAAAAAUAUGCAUAUCCACUUUACCGGAAAUAGCCAUGUUUUCCAUAUUAUUGCAUAAUGACUUUUGUGUGUAUAUAUAUUUGUUUAAACUGGACAUAUUAGUGAUCAGCCGAAAGAUUUCUAAUUGACGAAAAUGUAACUCAUUUGGUGAGUGUUUCCGAGCAGUGUGCCACUGUGGAUUUGCCUGCCCCUUAAUGUACUUUUUGUCUCAUGUUAAAUCUAUUAUGAGCAUGUGUCUCAUUUUUAUGUAGCACCUUAAAAUAUAUGAAAAAAAAAAGCUUAUGGUUCAUAUUGUAUUUUUAAGCAAUGUUGUAU